AUAUGAAGUACCUCUACCCUUACGAAUGUGAAAAGAGGGGUCUGAGCUCCCCCGGAGAGCUCCAGGCAGCUAUCGACAGUAACCGCCGCGAGGGGCGUCGUCAGAGCUACGGGUCGGCCCUCUUUAACUACUCUCCAGCGGGGACUCCCUCCGUCCUCUCCUCCCCCAAGAUGAGCAUGUCUCAUCUGGCCAUGUCCMCCUACAACGGAGUACACCUGACCCAGGGACACAACAUCAAGAAAGAGGAUGGCCUGAUGUCGGGAGGUCUGCCGGGCCGUGUUGGGGAGAUGCCCGUGUCUCUGGGAGGGCACCACGGGGCGGCUGCAGGACAGGCGGCUGCAGCGGUGGAGCAGCUGAGGGAGAAGCCGGAGAGCGGGGAGCCGCCGGAGAAGAAGAGGAUGUUGAUGGAUCAACAGAGGCUCGUGCAGCAUGCGCUUCAGCAGAACCUCCUCGCCAUGGCAACACGACUGCCCAUGAACAUCAAGUUAAACAACAGAGGUGAGAGGAUCAGAGAUGAUAGACAAGAGACUCCAUUGAACCUGUCUACCAGCGGCAUUAGCAGCAUCAACAUGUCGAUAGAAAUAAAUGGAGUUGUCUACACAGGUGUUCUGUUUGCCAAGAAGCCCUCCCUUCCCAUGAUGCUGGGUGGUCACCAGAACCACACCUCCUCUCAGGGAAAGACCAGUCUGGGGCUGAACUACUCCUGCGUACAGAUCCAACCGUCCUGCUCCUCCUCUUCCUCCACGUCCUCCACAUCCUCGGUCCACGGACACAGAAACUCCUCCCCCUGAUCUGAGUCCCACCCACAGCCCCACCAGCUCACUCUAAACCUCGCCCCUAUCCUCCCCCAAAGACAGCACGCGGUCUGAGAUACCAGGAGAAAUGACUUCUGUUGUUUCCCCCCCCUCCUCCUCCCCUUUUUCUCUAUUUCCCUUAUCCCAGUUAAAAUAAUAAUAAAAAAAUAUUUACAGAGGAAAUACUUCCGCAAGAAAAGAACAAGAAAAUGCUCUCCUUCUAUUCUCUCUCCUCCUUCCUCUGAACUUUGAAUAGCAAUGGUAUGUAGAGGRCCUCUGUACCCAAUGGUAUGUAGAGGACCUCUGAUCCCAAUGGUAUGCAGAGGACCUCUGAUCCCAAUGGUAUGUAGAGGACCUCUGAACCCAAUGGUAUGUAGAGGACCUCUGCACCCAAUGGUAUGUAGAGGACCUCUGAUCCCUGUGUGUGAUGUAGAGGACCUCUGAACCCAAUGGUAUG